GGUUCUGAGCGUUACAUUCAUCGCAGACAACACAACAUCCUUCAAGCUCGUCGGAUCUGAAAGAUUGGUUGUUAAUUAGAAUCAGCAGCAGAUAGAUCAGAAGAAAUGGAUGAGGUUGAGAUUGAGAUUCCUUCCUACUUUGUUUGUCCGAUCUCCAUGCAACUCAUGAAAGAUCCAGUGACGGUGGCCACCGGAAUAACCUACGACAGGGAAAGCAUCGAAAAAUGGGUGUUUUCAUGCCGGAACACUACGUGUCCGGUGACGAAACAACAGCUCGUCACCACUGAUCUCACCCCCAACCACACUCUCCGCCGUCUCAUCCAAGCAUGGUGCACUCUCAACGCAUCCCACGGCGUGGAGAGGAUCCCAACUCCCAAGCCGGCGGUCGAUAAAGCCCAGAUUUUGAAGCUCAUCGACGAGGCCCGGAGGCGGCCGGAGUCCCAGCUUAAAUGCCUGAGAAGGAUAAGAUCCGUUGCGUUUUCCGGCGAGUAUAACAAGAAGGAGAUUCAGUCAACGCCCGGGGCCGUUGACUUUCUUGUUACGGUUAUAAAGAGGAAGGAGGUUGCCACGGGGGAGGACUCGGAGUUCACCAAGGCCAGCGAUGAAGCGUUGACUAUUCUCCACCAUCUGGGGCCGUCCGAUUCGGAUCUCAAGAGAUUCAUCGGCGACGAGGGACAGUUCUUGGAUUCCUUAAUCCAUGCCUUGAAACACGGGAAUUAUCAAUCUCGAGCCGCCGCGAUAAUGGUAAUGAAAUCCGCUGUCGACGUGGCGGAUCCGGCUCAGCUCAUCGCCGCCACGCCCGAAAUAUUCGCCGAGACGGUCCAAAUCCUAAAGGAUAACGUCUCCCAGCAAGCCACAAAAGCCGCAUUGAAGCUCCUGAUGGAGCUUUGUCCGUGGGGGAGAAACCGGAUCAAAGCCGCCGGCGCCGGCGCCGUCCAAACCCUCGUCGACCUCCUUCUCGACACGACGGAGAGACGGCUCUGCGAGCUGGCGCUGACGGUCCUGGAUCAGCUCUGCGACUGCGCCGAGGGACGCGCUGAGCUGCUGGAUCACGGAGCCGGCUUAGCCAUCGUGUCCAAGAAAAUACUUAGGGUUUCGCACGCGGCGAGUGAUAGGGCAGUGAGGGUCCUCUCUUCCAUUUCCAAGUUUUCUGCAACUUCUAGGGUUCUUCAAGAAAUGUUGCAGGUUGGGGUAGUUGCAAAGCUGUGUUUGGUGCUGCAAGUGGACGCCAGUUCAAAGACAAAGGAGAGAGCCAAACAGACCCUUAGAUUGCACUCUAGGGUUUGGAGGGAUAAUUCAUCUUGCAUUCCUCGUGCUUUGCUCUCUUCUUAUCCUUCCUCAUCUCGUCUCCCAAAAACGUUAAUUAAUUGUGUUCUAUUGUUUUGUUUUAUGUAGAUACUUCACAAAAUUAAUUGUCAUCAAAAUUGUAACUUUCUACAAAGAGAUGGGCAGAUCUACAAAUUUUGCUAACAUGUAUUAGAAGAACCACCCAUGACUAAUUUUAUUAUGGGCUGAUUAUUCA